AUGAAACCUUACCCGCCUAAAUCCCUAAUUGCAGCUUCCUUACCAGUCACCACAGUCACUCUCACUCGGUCACUCCCUCGGUCCCUCCCACUCAACACAGAGCUUCAGCUUUUCCAGUCUCCAGUCUCUACCCAUAGUCACUCACACCUGCAAUCUCGAACAGACGUCCUCACCCUUCACGCUCGCACUUCCGUCCUCACCCCUCACGCUCGCAAAGUCGCAGUCACCGUCGCUCUUUGGUCCUCCUGGGUUCUAGCCACCGCUGCUGCUCCGUCUAGCCGUCGUCACCGUUGGUCUCGGUCCUGGGCUCUUGGGUCCUGUCCUCUCGCUCUCUGGGUAUGCUCGUCGGUCCUCUCGUUCUCUGGGUCUGCUCGUCUGUCCUCAUCGCCGCUGCUCCUCACCUCCUCUGUCCUGGUCGUCGGCUCGUCACCACUGUCAUAUCAGAUUUCUAAAAAUAUGAAUUCUGAAACUGUGAGUAACCUUGUUACUGUUGGAGCUGAUUCUGAGGCUGCUCCGGUCGAGGUUUGUGAACCUAGUUUGAAAAAGGCCAGACCAGCAACAUCCGAUGUUUAGAAUUUUUUGAGAAAGCUCGGUCCAGAUAAGGAUGGAGUAGAACGUUCUGAGUGUAAAGGAUGCAAGAAGGUGUUUAAAGCUGGAGGUAAGCGAUAUGGCACUUCUACUCUAAAAUGACAUCUUAAUAUUUGUACUCAAAUUAAGCAUGAAGAUAUUGGUCAGACUAUAGCAGAAUUGCAACUUAAAAUGGGUUCACUUAAGAUUGAUUCAGGAGUGGCUAGAGAUAUGUUUGCUUCUUAUGUAGUUGCUGGGGAUAAGC